GUUUUUGGAGUACUCGGGUUGGAUCAAAAUCCUUGGGGUUGCAAGGAUUAUUUGGUUAUUAUGAGCAAAAUUCCGAGAAAAGUUGUUGCUAUUCAAAGUAAAAAGAAAAACAAACCAAAUAAAAAGAAUGUUACGAAAGAAAAACCCAGUGGAAACAAAUGCAACGGGACUGUAGAAGAUAAUCUGCAACCACAUUCACCAAAUCAAAUGCCUAAAAGUGAACAGGACCCUGGGUACCCAGAGUAUUCUCGAGAUGAAGAGGUUCUGGAGGAAGAAGAAAUCCUUGGUAGCGAUGAUGAUGAGCAAGAAGAUCCUCGGGAUUAUUGUAAAGGUGGAUACCAUCCUGUGAAAAUUGGGCAAGUGUAUAAUGGACGCUAUCAUGUCGUGCGAAAACUUGGUUGGGGACAUUUUUCUACAGUAUGGCUAUGCUGGGAUUUGAGUUCAAAGCGUUUCGUUGCUAUGAAAGUGGUGAAAAGUGCACUCCAUUACACAGAAACAGCACUUGAUGAGAUAAAAUUAUUAUCUUGCGUCCGUGAAUCUUCUCCAGAUGACCCCUUUAGAAACAAAACAGUUCAACUUUUAGAUGACUUCAGGGUGUCCGGUGUGAAUGGAAAUCAUGUCUGUAUGAUCUUUGAGGUUCUUGGUCACAAUUUGCUGAAGCUAAUAAUCAGGUCUCAGUACCGUGGUAUCCCGCUGGAAAAUGUCCGUUCCAUUAUCAAACAGACACUACAAGGACUGCAUUAUUUGCAUACAAAAUGUCACAUUAUUCACACGGAUAUCAAACCAGAAAACAUUUUGGUGUGCAUUUCCGACUCUCAAAUUCGUAGAAUGGCGGCAGAAGCUCUGGAUGCACAGAGACGCGGUGUACAGCUGUCAGGUUCUGCAGUAAGCACUGCACCCAAAGAGAAACAGGACAACACAAAGAUGACUAAAAGCCGCAAACGCCGUUUACGAAGACAACAACGGAAGCAACAAGCUCUCUUAGAACAAGAAUUAGAUGAGUUAGAAGAAUUAGAGUCACAGGAGCACGAACGUCGCUUAAUGGAUAUGGGACUGUUACCCGGUGGAGACAAACAAGAUCAUGAAGAACCAGAUGUGGCUGAUAACAAAGAAGGGAGUGAUCCUAAAACGCCAAGAGAACAGUCACAAUCAAACGAAACAAAUGUUAAUGAUACGACCAAAAAUUUGUGUAACGUCAGUCCAAGUGAAGAACGUGCUGCUGCAAAUAACACUGGUUCACCAAAUGCUUCUACAAAGAAAUCGUGUCAAAAUAAUUCAGAUGAACCAAACGAUAAUCAUAAACAUGAACAUAAUAAAGCGGCCAGUCAUCGAUCAGAUGCAGCUGACGCAUCCGAAGAAAGCGAUCAAUUUGUAAAUAAAGAUAAUGAAAAUGGAAGUGGACAGGCUGUACGUCGUCGGGUUAAAAAGCUUCCAGAUCAUUCUGGUGCUGCAGAUGACAAGGCAGAUUCUCCAUUAGCUUCUGUCACUGAACCACAAAAAGCCUCAUCUGUUACUGGUGAUAAAAGUUCUAUGAUUGUACAACCAGACGGCCUGAUAGCAGCAGCGGCUUCAGCAUCUGUUAUAUCUGGUACUACUACAAUUACUAAUACAACAUCCACAACAAAUAACGAUUCAACUCAAGUUAAAUCAAAUUCCACUGGACCAAAGUCGUCAAAUGGUGGUAGUGGUGAAAUGAAUGAAAAGAAACCUAAUGUUACUGAGUCUAAAUUAACAACAAACACUUCUAGUGGAGGCGGAGGAGGAGGUGGUAACUCUAAACGCCUAAGUCUAGUUGUACCGCCUAAUACUUCAGUUUCUGGUCAAAGUGCUUCUUAUAAACGUCGAUCAUUGCUACUUGAAACUGUAGUCCAUGAACCCGAUGCAAGUAAAGAACCGUGUGAUAUUGAAGUGAAAAUUGCCGAUUUGGGGAAUGCAUGUUGGACUUAUCGGCAUUUCACUGAAGAUAUUCAAACUAGACAGUAUCGCGCCUUAGAAGUUCUUAUUGGUUCUGGAUAUGGACCACCUGCAGAUAUUUGGAGUACUGCGUGCAUGGCCUUUGAAUUAGCUACCGGUGAUUAUCUUUUUGAACCUCAUUCUGGUGAAGAUUAUACUCGGGAUGAGGACCAUUUAGCACAUAUUAUUGAAUUAUUGGGACCGAUACCUAAAAAUAUUGCUCUUUCAGGAAAGUACUCACGUGAUUAUUUUGACAAACGGGCUUGUCUACGGCAUAUACGUCGACUGAAACCUUGGAGUUUAUUCAAUGUACUCACCGAGAAGUAUGAUUGGCCAACUAAAGAAGCGGCACUUUUCACCAGUUUUCUAGAACCUAUGCUUGCAUAUGAUCCUAACAAACGAGCUACUGCAUGGGAUUGUCUACAACAUGUUUGGAUUACUGGUCAACCAUAUUCACCUACUGAAUUAAAUUUUCCUAGUCGUAUUCCACUAGGCGUUGAUAUGCCAGAUCCAUUAAUGGGUGAUUAUCUGUCUAAUCCGAGUACAUAUUAUCAUCCACAUGCCAAUCAAUCUGGUAUUUUGGAUCCUACAACAGUCAGUGGUGGUGGUGGUGGUGGUAUGUGUCAUCCUCAACACCAUUUGAAUCAACAGUAUCCACCUGUUCAUUGUAUUGCUCCACAAUCUAGAAAUAGUCGGUCUGUUAAUUAUAUGCCACCGGAAUUAUCGUACACUGGUAAUGUCAAUCCGUCUGAAUAUCAUUUACCCUAUAAUCCUGAGCUAGUCGGAGACGGUGGUUUGCCCAAUCGUGGUAUGUGUGUCCCUCCUGGUUCGCAUUAUCAGCCUUGGCCACCUAAAGCAAUCGGGCAAAAGCGAUUGGAUGUUGGUGAUGUUGACGGAGCAAUUUAUUUAGAAAAUCCUGUCCAUGUUGGGAAUUUCAUCCACAGUCUGCCAGAUCUCAGUCCUGCUCCUAGUGAUGAUGACUACGACGAAGAUGAUGAUGACGAUGAUGAGACCAAAGGCGAUGAAGACGAUGAGGAUGAAAGCGGAGAUGAUGACGAUGAUGAUGAUCCGAGAAUGCAUUCUCCACAUCAUCAUCAUCCUCAUUAUUACGAACAUCCGUCUAAUCUAUCCUCUAUGUAUCAAUUUUUAAAUCCACCCCAAAUCCCAUUAGAAUCACCAGCUCAUCCCCACUAUACUGACCCGUUGGCUAUGGCAGCAGCGGCUGGUUUACCUCCUAGUAAAGCUGCUAUACUGGCAUAUGCUGCUCAAGCUCUUGGACCAGAUACUGUUUGGGCUGGUUUAGCUGCAGCGAAGAAGCGUCAACAGCAACAACAACAACAACAGACGCAACAGCAGGCAUCAGAAAGCAAAAAUUCAGACUCGCUUGCAAAUGAUGAUUGUGUUUUAUCAUCUACCUCAACUAUGACAACUGCUCAAAGCAAUACUGACUCACCACGUGAGACAGAAAUUGGUGAGGAAUCACGUCGUUGUGUUGUUGAUAUAGAAGAUCCAUCCACCACGUGUCAUGCCACCACUACCAUUACUAGUACUACUACUACUACUACUGAUCAUCAGCACACUGCUUCAGCAGGCUCUGCAGUUGAGGAUGAAUGUCACCCUUCAGUUCAUUCAAAAUUACCAGACACCCGGAACUUUGAGUCUGAAUUGCACGAAGUCAAUCAGAAUAUAACUUGUCAACAGAUGAUUGAACCGACGGAGACAUCCACAGAGGCUUAGUUUUCACCUUUUCUGUUUUGUUUCUCUGUCUCUCUCUCUCCCAAGUAUUUGAUCUCUAUCUCCUGUGAACAACAACCUAUAGGCUUUCAUUUUAUCUCAUAUUUUGAUGCUGUGUUUAUAUAUAAUAUUAUAUAUAAGAAGACAAAGAAAACCAACAAUGUAAUUUAAAGAAAAAAACUCCUUGUGGAUGCUGAAUUUCAAAUGUUGAAGUUAACUGGUGAUGAUGUCACGUAUUACUAUUUCUAACAUUAUCAUCAUCAUCAGUUCAAUUCACUGUCUCCUCUUUCGCAUCUAUAUCGGUGUCUGUAUUUCAUCAGUUGUGUUAAUAAGCCUGCAUUCAUCAUUUCAAAGUCUCAUCUUUCUUGAAAUAUGUAUCAAUACGUUUUUUUAUAUAUACAUAUAUAUAUCCAACAUAUCUACCCUCUCUUAUUUUUCCUGAAAUUAUUUCCUAACUAACUAACUACACACU